AUGGCCAGAAUCAACACAUCGAACCCGCUGGUUCGUGCACCAGCACGACACAGAGCUACGCCCGACGAAAAGACUGAACGCCCUGCCUCAGUCCUCUCCGACUCGCCCGACAGCAGCCGCAACGGUAACACUUCACUAUUCAGAGGGUCAUCGCAACGAAAGAAACCGGGACCAGGCGCCAUGUUCGACAUCUUUCCUGACCCGGCUAUCGAAAGUGGAAGCUCCGCAUCCAAUACGCCUCGAAAACAAAUAAAAAGACGCACGCUCAAAACUACACAGGUCAACUCUCUGCUCCUUCCGAUACAACGACCUCGCCAAAGACCCAGCGUCAAAGUGGAAACAGACGAUUACGAUAAAGAGAAUGAUAUCGCAGAGGAAAGCUUCACAGAGGCACCUGCAACAUCAAUGGAACCUGUCCCGCAACUUUCGCCCGCAAGACAAAACCGACACAUACCGCGAAGCCCCGGACGAAGCCGACCAGACCACAGACCUCUGAGAGAAAUACACUCUGAGACCGAAGAGGAAGAUGACUGUGGGAAUUAUAGCCUCGACUCACUUGAAGACUUCAUUGUCAGUGACAAUGAAGAUAUCAGUUACCAUGAGACAUCUCAGUCUGAGACAGAACCUGAGAAGGCUCCAACACCGCCUCCUCCGCCAAAAUCCACUCGAAAGAGACUUUUGAGAGGAAGAAAGCCCAACACUGGUACCAAUACAAAGGUCCUGAAUGACAAUCCCCUCAAAGCACCCUUUCCAUUGGAGACGAAAAUAUCCGACGCCAUAAAGUCCCACUCCAGCCCCAUGGAGGCUCCUAAGCAUCUGUUUCAGGACGAUUUUCAUCUAUCCUCAAAGCUCAACGAGCUAAUAUUGGGCGAUGGCAAUGAGUCAGCUGCUCAGCUGGAGACAGUCACAUCUCCAACAGUCAUAGAUCUGGACUCCCCAGCACCGGAAUUGAACCCAUCUACCAAGGGCCUAGAGACACCACCAUCCAGUCCAUCACGAAACUGUCUCCGUUCUCCCACAAAAGAAAAGAUUCGUAUUCCGCCAACACCACAUCGCGAGAGCGUUGAUGCCUUUUGGAGCCAGACAGAAACGAACCUUUGGAUUGAUCAGCACUCACCUCGCAAAGAGAAGACACCCAAAAGAUCUGUAAUAGAUCUACUCAAGGAUUUCGAUGUCUCAGAUGAGGAAAAUAGCAGUCCAGACUCCAGCAUCAGCCUUGAGUCCGAUUCCAUGUCGCGAGAGAGCGUCACACCACCCAAGACACGCAAAGCUUCCAAAACACCUAGCAAAACAGCAAUUAAAAAGGCCGAGGCAGACGCUAAGCGUGCAGCCAAAGCACGCAGAGACUCCUUCAACAACAAGAAGGCAAAUUUCGCUGAAACCUUCCUCGAAAUCUUAGACAACGCCGUCUCCGGCGGCAAGGUCAAUCUUCUCGCCAAGCCAACCGGUGGUGUAAAAAUCACCUGGUCAAAGACCCUUCAGAAGACAGCAGGCCGAGCACAAUGGCGCAGCGAGCGAGUCGAAACCCGAGACCCAGAUGGCCAACGAACAGGCGCCUCACAACACAUCCACCACGCCACAAUCGAACUCGCUGAACGCAUUAUUGACGAUGAGUACCGUCUCAUCAAUACCCUCGCGCACGAGUACUGCCAUCUAGCCAACUUUAUGGUCUCUCGCGUAACGGACAACCCGCACGGAAACAGCUUCAAAAACUGGGGCAAGCUUUGUGCCGAGAAGUUGAAGGACCAUCCCAUCUACGGAGGCCAAAUCAAUGUUACUACCAAACACUCAUACCAGAUUGAUUGGAAGUAUGUUUGGGUUUGUACGGGAUGUGCCGUGACUUACGGUCGACACUCGAAGAGUAUUGAUACGGAGCGACAACGCUGUGGAAGUUGCAAGCAUCGAUUAGAACAGAUUAAGCCCAAGCCACGCAUGUCUCCUCAAAAGAAGGCCAUGGCUCAAGUUACGAAGAGUCUUGCUCAGGUUCAAGUUGAAAUGUAG